AUGGCUGCCGCGUCCAAGGCGAUCGUCCCCGACUCGGAGCGAAGCCACACGUACGAUGGCUCAGGCACCGAGGACAGCCCGUUUGUCGUGGAAUUCCACAAGGACGACCCUGGCAACCCUAUGAGCUGGGGUGAAGCUCGAAAAUGGUUUACUACUACAAUCGUCACUUUCUCUGUCUUUGCUGUGACUUUUACUUCCUCUGCAUACUCGGUUUCUGCCGCCAAGGUAUUCCAAGACUUUGACAUCAGCACCGAGGUCUUCACCCUGGGGCUUUCCCUUUUUGUGCUAGGGUUCGCAAUUGGACCUGCCCUUUGGGGUCCAUUGGCAAACUCAGCCGCUGCUAACAUGAUCAGAUCUGAACUGUAUGGAAGACAAAUGCUCUGGAUCAUCACGCACAUCGCAAUGGUAGCGUUUAUGGGAGGCUCAGCAGGUAGCCAGAACAUUGCUACAUUACUGAUCCUGCGCUUCUUCGCCGGCACCUUUGGGGGCUCGCCGCUUGUCAACUCCGGCGGCACCAUCGCCGAUAUCUUCCCGCCAGCCCAGCGGGGCCUAGCCCUGACUCUCUACUGCGUCGCCCCGUUCCUCGGCCCGAUCCUUGGGCCCAUUAUCGGUGGAUUCGUCUCGCAAGGCGCAGGGUGGCGUUGGGUCCAGGGUCUCUGCACCAUCUUCAUUGGCGUUGUUGGAAUUCUAGGCGUGAUCUUCGUGCCCGAGACGUACGGGCCCGUCCUCCUGCAGCGCCGUGCAAAGAAGCUUGCUCAGGCAGAUGGGAAAGUAUACGUGAGCGUACUCGAAAAGAACCAGGGGCCAAAAACCCCGAGGGAGGUUUUCAAGCGCGCCCUUUUCCGACCCUGGAUCUUCCUCUUCCUGGAGCCAAUCGUGCUUAUUGCGUCCCUCUAUAUGGCCAUCAUCUACGGGACAGUCUACAUGUUUAUGAGCGCCAUGCCGAUUGUCUAUAACGAACAGCGCGGCUGGUCUGAGGGCAUCGGCGGCCUAUCCUUCUUGGGGAUCAUGGUGGGCAUUAUCUUCGGACUCAUCUACGCGAUCUGGGACAACAACGGGCGAUACACGAGACUGUUCAAAGCAUCCAUGGCUGAGUCGCGCCUCCCCCCGGCAGCUGAGGCUCGUCUUCCACCAGCAAUCGUCGGCGGAAUCGCGCUCCCAAUCGGGAUGUUUGCGUUCGCGUGGACAAAUUACCCUAGUAUCCACUGGUCGGUCAGCAUCAUACUCUCUGCGCCGUUUGGAUUUGGAUGCGUGCUUGUGAUCCUCCCGAUCAUGAACUACCUCAUCGACUCGUACACCAUCUACGCGGCGUCUGUUCUCGCUGCGGCGGCGAUCUUCCGAUCCAUUAUCGGCGCAGUCUUCCCGCUAUUCACUGCGAAGAUGUACCAUAACCUGGGCAUCCACUGGGCGUCUUCGAUCCCAGCGUUUCUGACCUUGGCCUGUGCGCCGUUCCCACUGGUUAUGUAUCGGUAUGGCCGGGAAGUGCGCAUGAAGUGCAAGUACUCGUUCGAGGCGGCAGAGAUGUUUCGGAAGAUGCUGCUGCAGCAGGCCGGGCCUGCUGCGAGUGAAGAGAAGGAUGAAGAGGGCAAAAGGGCGGAGGCCAAAGGCGAUGAGGAGACGAAAGAUUCAAGCUCGGAGUGA